AAUGAAACCUUCCCUAACUUAACCCCUUCAGCCACUGAGUUCUCUUUCUCCUUCACAAGUUCAACACACAGUUUCCUUUGUUAUCCCUGAAAGAAAGAAGCAAAGAAAACGAAAAGGGGAAUAAGGGAAAAGGAGAUCCGGAGGAAGAAAGAGCACCGGGCAAGCAGCAGCUCGCCGGCCAGCCGCGCUCUGCCACCACGUCUAGCUCGCCGUCGAUCGCGCUCCCGUUUGCCACCACCACAGCGCCGAUUGCGCCGUCGCUAGGGAGAACAGAAUCGAGAAGGGGUUGGCUCGUGAAUGUGGGUGGUCGCGGGCUCGGGGCCGCCGCGUCUCCAUCACCACCGCGUCCACGCCGUGCCGCCGCCACUGCUAGGGUUUGCCGUUGCCACCUUAUCACCGCCGGCAGGCACAGAAGGAGAGAGAAAUCGGAGUUUUUGCACAGCAGGGAGAGAGGGAGAGCGCGACAGGGGAAGCCAUCUCCGCCUGAGCCACCGUCGCCGGACCUCCUUGCCGUCGCCGAACCUCCUUGCCGUCGCCACAGAAGCUGCCGUCGUCGGUGCCGUUGGAGGCAUGAAUGGGAGGAGAACGCGCAGGAGGGAGCUUACAGAGAGGGUGAUGCGCGAUGGCGGUAGGUUAUUCCGCCGCCCUUGCUGCCGUCAGAAGCUGCCGCCGUCCAGCCAGCUGCUACAGUGGUCAUCGCCUGUCGUGAAUGGCUGCCGCAGAAGUGGUUGUGGCUGCCGGAACCACACCGGAGCCUCUGGCCGUUUCUAUCACUUGAGACCCCGCUGCCGUCGCCGGAAAAUUCUGCCGAUCGCCGCUGCUGCUUGGGGCUGACUGCCGGGUUGCCGCCGAACCGAUUCGGAGAUCGCCGCUGUUUCGGUUCAGCCGUUCCUCCUUCGGUUCGAGUUGUUGAGACUGUUGCGAAAGUGGCUUGGAACCGAGGUUUUGGCUGCCGGGAUUUUGAUUGUUGAUUUUGGGUCGAGGCAGAAAGGAUUCUGUGACGCGUUUGGGCUAUGGUUUUGCGUUUUGAGGAUUUGGGCGCAGAAGUUAUGAGGAGUUUAAUUAUUUGUUAUUGAGAUGCUCUGUAUUGCUUUAGAUUAUUAUUUUUGUACCCUCAUCUUUAUCUUGAUAUAUUCUGUGAGAGGGAUAGGAAUUGUACUGGAUAAUGUUUGUAAUAUUAUUUAUAUAUAUGUAUGUAUAUAUAUAUGGAUGUACUCUUUAUGAGUUUCUGUAAGUUGUAUGGUAUGUAUGGACGUACGUUGUAUGGCGAAAGUAUUUUUGGGAAUGGUAUUGCGGUUUAAAGUUUUUAAA